CUGACCCCUUCUGCCCGCAGCACCCCACUACCCCCCCAGUGGAUGGGGGUGGUGGGGUGGUGAAGUCCAGGCAUAGAGGCUGAGUGGGACUGCACCUGGUCCAGUCCCUCCCAUGCCAAUCCCUUCUACACUAAGACAUUAGGAAGAAAGUAGCUUCCCAGCAGAAUGUUCACUCUCUCUAGGUGAAGAGCCAGCCACAGACACUGUGAAAAGUGACCUGGUUGAAAAGCAGGUGCUAGGAAGGCUCAGAUUUACCCAGAAAACAUACCCUGCAACAGGGACUGGCAGCAUUUUUUUAAAAAAAUUCCUUUUCCGCACUCUGGCCAAACCUAGGGGGUCCCCGCCCAUGCCCACCCUUCCGGACCCAGAGUCGGGGGGCUGGGGAGCAAAUGCAGGGGCGCGCACAGCCUUCUUGACUGCUGCGGCCUGGCUUGCAGGCUAGAGGCAGCCGAGGAGGUGGGCGCCACGGGAGGAGCGAGCCCCGAGUCUCCCCCAGAGCGCAGUGGCGGUGUGGGGCCUGAGCAGCGGCAGCAGGAAUCUGAUGGUGAGCGGGACUCGGGGCCAGAGCAGGCCCAGACCAUCUACCGGGAUAUCUGGAGCCUGCGUGCCUCUCUAGAGCUGCAUGCCGCAGCCGCCUCGGACCACAGCAGCAGUGGCAACGACCGCGACUCGGUGCGCAGCGGAGACAGCUCGGGCUCAGGCUCCGGGACCACUGUGCCCACCUUCCCACCGCCCUCGCCGCCGCCCACACCUCGCUCCGCGGAUAGUGAGGCGGGAGGUCAGCGAAAACUGCUUCAGAUGGACAGCGGCUACGCCAGCAUCGAGGGCCGCGGCGCGGGCGAGGACGGGCUCCCCAGCGCGUCCGAGAAGCGCUCUUCCUUCACCAGCGCCGGCCGCACGGCCACUGUGGGCAGCAGCUUCGAGGGGGCGCUGGCGCCCACCGAGGCGCCCGCCCGGCCCCGCAGCCCCCGCGCCUGGCCCCGCCGCGCCCCGCGCCGCGACUACAGCAUUGACGAGAAGACAGACGCGCUCUUCCACGAGUUCCUGCGCCAUGACCCGCACUUCGACAAUGCGCUGCCCUGCGCCACCCGCCACCGCGCGCGCGCGCAUCCGCACCCCCACACGCGCAAGCAGUGGCAGCAGCGCGGCCGGCAGCACAGCGACCCCGGCGCGCGCGCCGCCACCCCCGCCCCGCCUGCGCUCACAUUCGGCCCCGACGCCCGCCCCACACGCGCGCCUCUGCGCCGAGGCGACAGUGUCGACUGCCCGCCCGAGGGCCGCGCGGGCGAUGACCCGGCUGCGCCCGCUAUCCCUGUCAUUGAGGAGGAGCCCGGCGGCGGCAGCGGAAGCUGCCCCGGCUCGGGCCUGUGCGUCGGUUCCCCGGGGACACUGCUGGACAAGCUGGCGGCUGGCAUCGACGACAGACUCUUCCCGCCGCGCCUCGCCCAGCCCAUCGCUGCGGCUCCUGCGCUGGCCGCCGCCGCCGCCGCGCCGACGUCUCCCGACCGUAGCCCGGCCUAAGCCCUGCGUCCCGCACCCACCUCGUCAGCUUCUCCGGUGCCGCUCGGGAUCUCCGCCGCCGGACACGCCUGGGGCGCGACGCUCCGGCGGGCAAACGCCGGGCCCGCGGGGCCGCGCACGCGCUCGUCCUCCAGCCGCCCCCCAGGUGCGCAUGCUCAUGUCCUCGGGACACCCUCGGGCCGCCUCUGGUGCGCACGCGCACAGUCCCCGCUGGUCACCGAGCGGCAUCCGUCUGUGGCUCCUCAAAGUGCAGGGCUGGACUGGAGGGAGCGGGGCAGGUUCUCAUCUUCGAGCCCCUGGGGACUACGUUCAUCUGCCUUUGGCCCCAGACAGCAGCCUCUGGGUGGGGGCGUCUUGGGCACAGAGCACCAGGAGGCGCACGCCCAGGACCCGCACCUUGGAGGGUCCGCACCUUGGAGGGUCCGCGUGGAGGAGCAGAGUGAGGCGCAUGCGCAGGGCGCCCCUAGCGGGGCCCGUGGAGCCUCGAGGGGGUCCAGGCUGCGCGCGCCGGAGUCUGCAGCGGGGCUCCUGCGCCGAGCCCGCGGGGACCCGGACUGCGGGGGCAUGGGAGACGGGCGACGGGCGCGCUCGCUCUGGGCUGGCAGGUUGGGUGGAGGCCGCCGCCGCCAAACCCCUGAAGCUGUUUUACCUCACCGCGGCAUGUGCUCGCGGCAGUCUGCCCCCCCCCCCGCGCCCCCUCCGAGCAAUAAAACCACAGCCCGCCGCCGCCCCCUCCCGCCCACCGUGUCCAAGUCCCCGCGCCCGCCCCAAGCAUGUGAGUGGGCCACCUGCCCGCCCCGCAGUUGCACCGUCCAAAGAGCUGCCAGAACUCAUUAAUGUUUGGAGACACACAAAACCCAAACGGCCAAGGUUUCAAGUUUCCCAAGCUUUAUUUAUUGCCAAAAGAUGGGGCAGCCCUCGCCUGCGGCCGAGUCGCCCCACCCCGCCCCGCCCCUCGGAGCUUCGUGCCGUCUGUGUACCAUCCAGUGAUGGAGUUUCUUGUGUUUGUUUUCUGGUUGAUUAUAAACAUUUACUGCACACUCUUGCUUAGUCCGGGUUUUCUCUGGGGACCCAGGAGCACAGAGACC